AUGACGGUGCGCUUCGGCGUCGGGGCGACGCGCCGAGGCGCGGCGCGAGGGAAGUCCGCGAGCGUGGGCGGUGGGAACGGCGGCGGCGGCGGCGGCGGCGGCGGCGGCGGCGGCGGUGGCGACGGCGGUGGCGACGGCGCGGCGGGCGGCGUUCAAACGUUGUGGGCGGCGUAUCUCAACGCGCUCGAAAAGAAUCCGUUGGCGACGAAGUGCGCGACGAGUGGGGUGCUGAAUGCGUUGGGUGAUUUGUUUGCGCAGUUUUCGUUCGAUGACGCCGCGAAGAAGGGGAUCGAUUGGCGUCGGGCGGGCGUGUUUACGUUUCUCGGCGGCGCGUUGGUUGGACCCGCGCUGCACUUUUGGUACGGCACGCUCGGGAAGAUUGUCACCGCGCAAGGCAGCGCCAAGGCGUUCAUCAGCUUGGUUUUAGAUCAAGGUUUGUUCGCGCCGGCGUUUUUGUGCGUGUUUUUGAGCUCGCUGUUCACGAUCGAAGGCAAGGCGAGCGAAAUCGUUCCCAAGCUCAAGCAAGAUUUUGCGCCGACGGUGAUGGCGAACUGGAACAUCUGGAUCCCUUUCCAGUUCUUGAAUUUCCGUUUCGUUCCGCUGAACUUGCAAGUCGCUGCCGCUAACGUCGUGGCGCUGUUAUGGAACACGUACCUCUCGUGGGCGUCGCACAAGGAAGUCGUCGUCGAGACGGCGAGCAAAGGAAAGAAGAGUAAGAAGUAG